GGACAGUCACUGAUUUGAGCGUAAGUGUACUUGUAGACAAUUGAAAUAUUUUUAAAACUACUGAAUUUGACUUAAUUAUUUCUUUUAAGACCAGUAUAUUUAAAUUUCAAGAUUAAAAGAGGCAAGGAGAAAAUUAGAAAAGAUGAUGCUGAAAUCUUUGCUGUUUAAUGUUUGGAUAAUCUUGUGCUCAGACUUUUUGUGUUUUGUAAGCAGUUGGAACGUGACACACACAAAUAUUACGUCGUACUAUAUGACGCUGAAGGAUCUGUACAACAAGAGUACUAGCAACACCAGUGGUAGCGUACCUAUGCAGGACUUUAUCCCGAAGCAGUAUCCAGAAGACACAAUGAAUGUUCAACUUGACAUUGAAUUGUACUCCUUGAACGACUUUGACGAAGUAUCCGGCUCAAUUGAUAUAAUGCUCCGAUUCAACAUGUCAUGGUUCGACGAGAUAGCCGCCUGUAAUGGUAUGGAUAUGGAUGAUGCAUUUCCAUUGGAUCGUUCAACGCCAGAUAGGCUUAAAUGGCUACAAGUUCCCCAUGGAACUAUCUGGACACCUUAUUUGAUAUUGUUAAACUCGGUUGAUUCAUUGGAAAAUGUCGGAGGUAUGGCGUUUAAGCCAAGGUUUAAUCUAGAAAGGGGACAGGUGAAAUGGAACCCGAUCAUUAAGGUUCCCAGUGCAUGCUCUCCGGAUGUGACAUACUAUCCUUUUGACAGACAAAUCUGCCGAUUUACAUUUACAGCUUGGGGCUAUACAGGGUAUGAGUUGUACUUCGAACCGUUUAAAAGUACAUGGGGAAAUGAUUCAUAUGAGGAGAAUGGAGAGUGGAGUUUGAUUUAUACAAAAACCGAGACCUCGGCCUCAAAUUCUGAUACUGAACCAACAAUUACUUUGACGUUAACUAUUGAACGAAAGCCAUUAUAUUUUGCGUUCAAUAUUAUUCUACCCAUACUGGUUCUUGCUAUCCUGAAUGCAUUGGUGUUUUGCCUGCCCAUUGAAUCUGGUGAGCGUGUCGGAUUUUCUGUGACGUGCUUUUUGUCAUUUGUCGUUCUGUUGAAUAUGAUCAUGGACAUAAUGCCACGUUCUUCUUCACCGAUGGCAUAUCUUUGUUUCUACACCGUUUCGAUGAUGAUAUUUAGUGGACUCAAUACAGGAUUUGUCAUUCUUCAAAUGAAACUAUACCAUAAACCGGACACAGAGGAAGUUACACGAUGCAUUGUUGUUUUUAUAAAGUUCCUAAAGUGCAAAUACAUUAGAGAUAAGAAGAAAUCUUGCUCUUGCAUAAAAGGAAGGGACAAAAUUCACUCUGAAAAUGACCUUAAAGUGGAAGAAAUUGACUCAGAUAGUGUAAUGGACUACACGGAUAUGGCUGAAGGUAAAGCGGACAUCACCUGGCAACAAGUUGCCAGCUUUUUGGAUAAAUUCUUUUUUCUUGCAUUCUUGGGUGUUCAGAUCUUUUUCAGUAUGUGUUUUCUCUUGCCCAUUGGAGCAAGAGCUUAAAAGUCUAAAACUAAUGUUUACUGAAAAAAGAAAAACAGAAGAUUUUGGGUCAAAUUUUCAUGAACACAUUUUUAUGCAUCACUGUUGUAACUCAAAGAUGCUCAGUACUGAGGUCAAAACCUUUUGUAUUUGUUUCCCUUAAAAAUGGAGGGAAAAAAUGAAAAAAAGGAUAAAAAAGAUGACAUGGCCAAAUUAGCCUGAAUAAUGUGUAAAAAGCAUUUUAAUGCUUUUCUUUUCAGGUCACUUUUCAAAAUAAAAAUGAUUAUUCUGGAAAAACCAGUUUGAACAAAUGAUAUAGAAUUUUGCAAAAGGUUUUUGGUGUAGACCCACAUUAAAUGGUAGCAAUGAAAAUGUAUAUUAAAAAAAAGAUCCAGUCUUGCCAUAUAGAACAAAACAAGGAAACCCAUUAAAGUGCCAGUAACUUGUCUUUAUUAGUUCAUUUCUAAACCGCAUUUUUCUAGUACUUUAUUGUGCAAAAUUGCAAAAAAAUGAAAAGCCUUGCAAUGCUGUCAAAUUGGGCUAUGAAUUUCACACAAAAAAAGAAUUUCAAUUUAAUUCUGAGCAUGUUUCUUAAUUUUCUUUUGCAGGUUUUUCCAUAAAGUAUUAUCUUAAUCUGUGAAAGAAUUUCACAUUUUAUAUUUUUAUGCUUUUUGACAUUAGUGAAGCUGAUGAAGGUAAAAGAAUGAAAAAUGAAAUCAAUAUUCAAAUAUUUUAAUUUGCAAAUUGUUGGAAUAUAUUAAUCUCCUAUUUCAUUUUGGCGAAUUUGUUGUUUAUCUGAAGAUUGGUUUUCAGGUGGUUAAAGUUUAAUUUUUCCUUCAUUCUGUAUGUAUCAUAAUUAUAAUUGUGGUUAUCACUUUCAUAAAGUGGUUUUAUUUUUACAAUGCAGUUUGAAUACCACUUAAGAAUAGCAAUGUUGGGAUGUCUGUACAAUGAUAUAUAUUGGAAUCCGAAUUUUGUUACAUUGAAAUCUGAAUUUGGUGUAUUUAAAUCUGAAUUUUGAUGUCUGGAAGUUAUUUAAGUUAAUAAAAGCCCUCCUUUUGCAGAAAAACAGACAGAGAAAGAAAAAGUUGGGUAGG